AUGAGAUCUCGCGGAGACAGAGAUUCCUGCGAGGCGAGCGGAGAGCGAGAGGCGACUCCUGCGAGGCGAGCGGAGAGCGAGAGGCGAGCGGAGAGCGAGAGGCGAGCGGAGAGCGGGAGGCAACUCAUGCGAGGCGAGCGGAGAGCGAGAGGCGACUCCUGCGAGGCGAGCGGAGAGCGAGAGGCGACUCCUGCGAGGCGAGCGGAGAGCGGGAGGCGACUCCUGCGAGGCGAGCGGAGAGCGAGAGGCGACUCCUGCGAGGCGAGCGGAGAGCGAGAGGCGACUCCUGCGAGGCGAGCGGAGAGCGAGAGGCGAGCGGAGAGCGAGAGGCGACUCCUGCGAGGCGAGCGGAGAGCGAGAGGCGACUCCUGCGAGGCGAGCGGAGAGCGAGAGGCGACUCCUGCGAGGCGAGCGGAGAGCGGGAGGCGACUCCUGCGAGGCGAGCGGAGAGCGGGAGGCGACUCCUGCGAGGCUAGCGGAGAGCGGGAGGCGACUCCUGCGAGGCGAGCGGAGAGCGAGAGGCGACUCCUGCGAGGCGAGCGGAGAGCGAGAGGCGACUCCUGCGAGGCGAGCGGAGAGCGAGAGGCGACUCCUGCGAGGCGAGCGGAGAGCGAGAGGCGACUCAUGCGAGGCGAGCGGAGAGCGGGAGGCGACUCCUGCGAGGCGAGCGGAGAGCGAGAGGCGACUCCUGCGAGGCGAGCGGAGAGCGAGAGGCGACUCAUGCGAGGCGAGCGGAGAGCGAGAGGCGACUCCUGCGAGGCGACUCCUGCGAGCCUCAAUAAUACAGUGUAUCUUUAUAAGCAUCCAGUAAACUAUCGAGAUGACCAGGACAGUGCUACUUGUAAGAGCUCCUCCGAACUCUUCGUAAAAAGGGUCACUUAUGAUUCACAGUAG